AUCACAAUCAUAUCUGAUCUAAGACCUCAGAAAUCACACGACGACCUUUCACUGUCCUCUACCAGAGCCAUUCUCGACGUUGAGAGUCUCAGCGAUUACAGGCAACACCGCAACGACCAGGCUGCUCGUCACCAACACCGCAAAGAUGCAGGCAAUGCCAGAUUCGCGACAGCAGAGCUUCGAGGAGAUUUAUGGACCACCUGAGAACUUUCUAGAGAUAGAGGUCAAGAACCCACGCACGCAUGGAAUGGGCCGCAGCAUGUACACCGACUACGAGAUCGUAUGUCGUACCAAUAUUCCCGCCUUCAAGCUCCGCCACAGCAGCGUAAGGAGGCGCUACUCGGACUUCGAAUACUUCCGCGAUAUCUUGGAGAGAGAGUCUGCGAGGGUUACGAUUCCACCGUUGCCUGGAAAGGUCUUCACGAAUCGGUUUAGUGAUGAUGUGAUCGAGCAUAGGAGAGAGGGCCUGCAGAGAUUCUUGCAGAUUGUGGUUGGACAUCCACUUCUGCAGACUGGAAGCAAGGUGCUGGCUGGUUUCGUACAGGAUCCAAAUUGGGACCGCAAUGCCUGGUGAACCUCUGCAAAUGUUGAUCUUGGCGAGCGAAGACCACGAAAACUGCAGAAGCCUAGACCAACUACCAUGAUUAUAACACAGCACGACCUGGCCCUUCUUCAAUGGUCCCAUACGGUAUGAGUGUAUGAUGAAGGAAGGAAGGACGACAUACGGAGGCGCUUUUCAAUUCUUGUGCACAACUAGGGACUGUUUCAUAGAAGUUAAAUAAUCAAGCGUUGCUCUUCUUGCUUUCGCAGGCUCUUGUUUAUAGGAUGGAAAAAGUGCAGCGAUUGUCGCGUGCUUUUCUUCAGGAGUGGUCUUAAUUACAUACUACGGGAAGAUGUCUCUAAUGUGUCUAAUGUGCUCAUCGCUCAUUACUUCUGAUUCGCAGUCCUACCAGAGUUGUGAUAGCGCAAACAUCC